AUGUUUUGGUGGCCUUUUACCCCUCUCAUCCCCCUGCUGACCUUCACCGUGCUUCACUGCUGUCCUGCUUUGGGGUCGGUCAUCAAGAAGCAGGCUUUUUCUGUGGUGUGGAACAUGCCUACUUCAAAAUGCCAGCGUCUGUAUGGUGUUUCACUGCCUCUGUCGCAGCAUGGCAUUAUACAUAAUGUGAAACAGAGAUUUCUGGGUGAGAAUAUCAGUCUGUUUUAUGAGCGUCGUCUCGGUUUGUAUCCCUACAUCGGUCCGGAUGGCUUGAGGGUCAAUGGUGGGCUUCCUCAGCUGGGUGACUUGGAUGCUCACCUGGCUGUGAUGGAUGGGCAAAUCCAUGCACUUAUGCGAAAGCACUUCAGUGGGUUGGCAGUACUAGACUGGGAGAAGUGGCAACCUCUAUGGGUCCGCAACUACGGAGACCGAAAGACCUACGGUUUCCUGUCAAGGCUGCUAGUGAGACAGAGACACCCAGAGAUGUCUGAGAAAGAAGUGACAAAGUUGGCCAUGGCAGAGUUUGAGCAAGCAGCGAAGGCUUACAUGGUGGAAUCACUACGACUUGGAGUCAAGAACCGUCCCAGAGGACUUUGGGGAUUUUAUGGAUUUCCUGGCUGCUAUAAUUACCAUGGGUCCAGGAAACUGGGUUACACAGGGCAAUGCAAACCUAGAACAAAAGCAAUGAAUGACAGAUUGGCGUUUUUAUGGCAGCAGUCCACCGCACUCUAUCCAAGUGUGUAUGUUCCUCAAGCCCUGGCAGGACACCCAAACACACGGCUUAUGGUGAGAUAUCGUGUACUUGAGGCUAUGCGAGUGGCAACCCAGCACGCACGUGGGUGUUCCAAAAUUCCUGUUCUUCCCUACGCCAGAGUGGCUUUUAUACGUACUCUGCACUUCCUAAACCAGACUGAUCUGGAGAACACACUUGGAGAGAUUGCAGCUUUAGGUGCUGCUGGUGUGGUGUUGUGGGGUGACCUAGGGUUUGCCAAGUCCAAGCACCAGUGUGUUCUUCUUCGCGACUACAUAUCCUCAGUGUUGGGUGUGUAUGUGGACGCUUUGCAUCAGAAGGUGACGCGCUGCAGUAAGAGUAUGUGCAGUGGUCAUGGUCGCUGCACUCGACGCGACCCACACUCCAGCCACAUGAUCCCUCUACUUGAGCAUGGAAGUGAACCUGACCAUGGUUUAAUGUCAAACUUUACAUGUAUGUGUUAUGAAGCAUGGAGUGGAAAACGGUGUGAGAAGAACAACAUGGCUAAGAAAAGAAGCCAGUGUUAGGAGCACUAAUAUACUGUAUAUUCUUUUUUACUACAUUAGUUUUGCAAUUAAUAUAAUGACAAAUAUCUAUUAGUUUCUACACUUAUUAUUAAAUGUUAUG